GAUGAAUAGUGGGCAUUUUGGUAAAAUCAUUGUUCUGGAGCAUAAAACAAGGACAUAGAUUUUUUCGAUGCACAAUCAAAUGGCGAGCACUCUGCUGUCCGCACACCACUUUCUUCCCUCCCACAGGAGGGAAAAGACAGGUUAUUUGAGUACCUUCAGGACUUCAUUUUGUGGACAAGUUGUGUGCAAUCCAAGUUUGUGUGGGAGGCAAAUAUCCAGAAGCCAUGGAAACCGUCUUGUUGUUAAUUCACUGCUUGGAAGGAAGGUGAGGAGCACUAGAAGAGAGACUGUGAUUCCUGAACCAGAUUACAGGAUUCCAAUUGUGCUACUCGGUGUAGCUGGUGGUUUGGUUUACACAGAUAACCUAGUACCUGCAGUACCUGCUGGUCUCCUUGGAUUGCUUCUGUUGUUCCAGACUACUAGAGUGAGAUUUGUCUUUGAUGACGAGGCUCUGGAGGUAAAGGUAGGUGACCAGCUCCAGGAAUCAGGCGAGAAUGUUUUCGUGGGAGGAAAAAACCGGUGGAAGUACUCAACAUUUGUUAAUUGGGAACUCUGGUGGCCAAACUUCCCUAUCUUGGUUUACUUCAAGGAGACGCAAACAAAGCCUGAGGGACAAAUUCAUUUUUUUCCCGUAAUCUUUAAUGGGAAACAGCUUUAUGACGUUAUGGUGGAAAGAGCUGGCCCUUCAAAAACUAGUGGGCCAAAUGAAUCCUAAGGAUGAGCUGUGUGAUUAGAGCCUCAGUUAGGAUACCUCAGAAAUCGACCCCCGCAAGAAGACUUCUUAAGUUGUGAAUUGUGAUGAUAUUUGUGUGCCAGAGUGCAAAGAUGACGAAAUUUUCCUGUUUCUCUUCCACGCACUGCUCUUGCUGGUAGCUGGCAAGUUGAUGCGAAACAAACAAAUCAAUUAUUGUUAAGUCUUGUUGGAUAAGUAUAGUUCAUUUUAUUCCUUUCGACUAUUUGAAUUACGUUGGUUUCCACCGCAGAUGAUGUAGUUCUCUGUAUAUCAAACAUGAGAAGUCGAUACACAUAUUUUAUAAACAGAAAUGUUCGUUAAUACGAAGGGAUUUUCGUCAA